UGUUUGUUUUUUUCUUGAAAAAAGAAAAAAGUUAAAGAUUGCACUUGAAGAAUGGCACAUAAUACUAAGAAAGCCAAACUAUCCAAAGUCCUGAUUCGCCUGUGUGAUGCCUUCACUCGCACGGAUGGAAACAUUAUUUGCCCUCUCAUCAAAGCAGAGAGUUCUGUCCGUGUUCUCUAUAAACUGAAGGAAAAGGUUUUAUAUAAAGCUGUUCAGGAAGCUGGCGCUGGGAUUGGGUUCACUGAUCCAACCUUUCUGUGGAAAUCAGCAGCUACUGGCAGGGAGAUGGAUGGCAAUUUAUUUCUUGAAUAUUCCACUUCUCAGAGAUUCAACGAUAACCUAAAGCAAUACCGGGAAACUCUAGCACGAAACUUAAAAGAGGUCUCAAAAGUGAAACACAUUUUGAUUGAUAAAGUUGAAGACACAGAUGAUAUAAUUCCACAGCCAAUAAUCUCAGAAAUGGACUUUGAAAUGCACAAGCUUGAAUUCUGCUGCAAGGAGCUUGCAAAAAUAAAUGAUCCAGAUAUAAAAGAUGCCAUUGAUGACAGUGUGGGCAAAGUCAGAGAAAAUUUAGAGGAAGUGAAAAAACGUCCGACCAAAAUUGCAGUCCUGUCACAAAAUGGAAAAGGGAAGAGUUUCUUUUUGAAUUUAUUGCUCCUUAUGACAAGUGAUAAUGAAGAGGAAUACCGGGAAAACAACAGGAAAUUGCUGCUGCCAGAGCAUAUUCCAGAAGACCCAACAGUUGCAGAGGUGAUGCAGUUAAAGGAUCAUUUUGAUAACCUUCCUGAUGUGGUAAAAUCAUUCAUUGGAACCAACAACAUGGAAUCCAAAAAAUUUAAACCGUUAAUGAGAAGCAUUUGUCAGAAUCUCUACUUUGAUGACUUUCAAGAUUUGGGCACAGAAAAUGCUAGUUUUAGAAGUAUUCCAGCAUAUUUCACUGAGAAAAAAAUGUUUCAGAUGGAACCUUACCUUCUAGCACAAAAAACUAUUGAAAAGUGCUAUGAAUCCACAACUAAAUGCAACGUACAUUUGAGGUAUGGAACAGUCUACCAAUUAAAAGUGGAAUAUUUUAGCGCCAAAGAACUGCAAAUACAGCUUUUUGAAUUGGUGUCAAAGAAAAAUGAAACUGAAAACACGAGUGACACUUGCUUAAAGGCAAGGUUUGCUGCUUUGACUAACUAUGACAUUUCUGAUGAUUGUCUAAAGUCUAUUAAGUCUUAUGAGGAAAUUAAUCUUUCUGAAAAGACUAAACAGCUUGUAGGAAAAACAGAACUGUACAUCGGGGGUGGAAAAGACUCAGCCAAAGAUCGUCUUGCUUUGAAGAAAAUUCUAAGCGGAUUAGCAAGUUCACAAGAUGAGGAUGACAGUGAUGAGGAGACAUGGAAAUGCAGAGUGGCUGCUGUAAAAGAGAUUGUUGUGUACAUACCAAGCAAAAUCCUGUACAAUAAAGAAAUUAUGGAGAUGCCGGGAAGUGAUGAUUCAGACUCACUAGCAAAGCACUUUAUUGAGAAAGCUUUGGAGAAGGUUGAAGGUAUAUGUCUUAUGAGUGAAUAUGGUUUCAAAAUUGUGGAAAAGGAAAUUAAAGCGAUCCUUCUGCAAAGUGAAUUCACUGAGGCUUGGAAAAAAAACCCUGAGUUGUAUGCACUCAUGCUUCUUAGUUAUUCAGAAAAGGAUUUCAACUAUCAUUUUGGAAAGGAUGAUCUGAUCAAAAUGAAAAACCUAGAGGUUAUCGGAAUAAAAAGAAAAUCUAAAGAACUAGAAGAGCUGAAGAACCUACUGGCUAUGGACUCUUUUUCUGUGGAGCAAUCAAUCUUUUCUACGCUUGUGUUACCUGUUCUCCAUACCUCUAUUCAUGCUCAAGAGGGGCAGUCUAAUACAGUUAUUGCUGAAAAUGCAGAAUUCCUGAAAUACACCGGUAUUCAAAAUUUAAUCGUUAAACUGGACACAUUUGUUUCAACAAGAGCACCAAAACACAGUCUGGAGUUGAAGAAUCAACUGUCAAGACUAAGUGAGAGACAAUGCAGAGAACUGACCCCGGAUGAAGCCAAAUCAGUUUUACAGUUAUACCGCAAGAAAGAGGUGAAAGACACUCGAAUAAAUGCACUUGCUAGAAACCAUCAAGAUCUGUGCUGCAGUUUGAAGAAACAAUUAACUGACAUGUACAAAAAGACACUUCAUACAAAAGUGGAUCUCUUGUUGGUAAAAACAGUAGAAGAAGCAAAGAAAAGAUGGGAAACUUCACAAUAUGAAAUAAAAAAAAUUGAAAUGUUUAAUCCAAUGUAUAGACACAAGGGGAAAUUAUCCAAAAUUAUCUUUGGUGAUCUUGCAUCUCAUAAAGCAGAAAUUUUCAAAAUUCUCAUGGAAGAAAUAGACAGAGCACUUGGUGUGUAUAAGAAUGGCUUCAUCACCCUUCUUACUGAAGAACUGAAAGAAUCGUUAACCAUUCUUAAACUCGAACAUGUUGAUUCAGAAGCUUUUGUUAAACAAACCAUCGAGGAACCAUUAGCAGAAGCUCUAGAAUGGUAUAAAGGAAAACAGAAGAUGCCAAUAGUUGAAAAGAAAAUCAGUGAAUUCUGGGAGAAUAGUAAAAGGGAAAGCUUAAUAAAGUAUAUUCUGGAACCUGCAUACAAACAGAAUGACCUGGAUCGUGCCAAAGAAAAGGCAAAUCAAAACAUCAGCAAAGCUCUAAACAAUACAAGCGAAUAUCUGAUUGAGGAGUUAUUAGACCUUCAUGACAUCAGAUGGAAAAGCCUAACAAGUCAUUUAAACUCAAGGAAAAGAACCCCACAGAUGUGGAACAUUUUAAUUGGAAGAAUAAAAUCAAUCUCUACAAACACAGAGGAUGGAGUCAAUGUGGCACUGUUUAAUGUGCUGAAACUGCUUUGAGCUCCAUUUUCACAAUAAUCACUGGAUGGUAAUCAGGUACAAAUAAUGACUCCAGAUCUGAGCACAGAAUAAAA